UUGGAUUUCAUCGCAUAGACAAUGCUAUUAAUGUUUAAAUUAACAAGGGUCACGGAUUUCAAGAUGAUGAUUGAGAAAACGAAGCACUAGAUUGUGUUUGUUUGCAAAUUUCAAAGUUAUUCAAAGAGCAGUCUUUUCCAAGAUGAAGAGGAGUUUUCUGGUGGAGCCCGUGGUGGCCCUUUACGCUUUUGGUUGUUUUCUUUUCUUCCCGGUUGCACAGCAGUAUGUCUAUCGGAGGCUGUGGGAGCAGCUGACCAACACCUCCUAUCCCAUCACUGAUAACUCUCCCAACUGUGGAUCAAAUGGCAGCCGGAACCAUUCUAAAGACUUUGAGGAAGUCCAGAGGCAAGCGUCUUACUUCUCCCUCUACUCAGAGCUUCUGUCCCUCAUCCCAUCCUUGAUCGUCACCAUCUUAUUGGUGACCUAUAGUGACCGAGCUGGACGAAAGAUGGCCAUACUCCCGCCUUUGUUUGGAACAUUGAUCUACAUUUUGACUUACCUGGCCGUGUCGUACUUUGAGCUUGAUGUUUACAUUCUCAUUGGCGCUUCCCUUCUCAGUUCUCUGUUUGGAGGGUUCGGCACCUUUUUGGGGGGCGUUUUCGCGUACAUAGCGGAUUUGUGUGAGACUGAUCGUGAAAGGACGUUGCGCAUGACUGGAGUGGAGAUGAUUAUCGGCCUGUUCUCUGGGGGUGCUGCAAUAUCAACAGGCUAUUUCCUGGCAGCCACCGGCUUUAACUAUCCUUUCAUCACUUCUGCAUUGUGUUUGUGUUUGAACAUAGUUUAUGCCAUUUUUUUUCUGGAGGAGAGCAGGCCGAGGGACAGCAGAGUUUCAGGUGGCUCUUCCCCGCAGUCAGCUCUGAAGGAGAUUGUCUGUGGAUUCUUCUUCAUGCUUUCAUUGGGGAGUUGUAAGGCUAAAACUGUUUUAACCCUCAUGAUUUUAAUCUUCACCACCCUCUCCUUUGCCAACUCGGGAGGCCUGUCCAUGGUCACGCUGUAUGAGCUCAAUGAGCCACUUUGCUGGUCUGAGAUAUUAAUCGGCUAUGGCGUAGCGUUGUCCACCACCGUGUUCCUGGCCAGUUACGUCGGAGUGAGAGCGUUUACACACUGUGGUGUAUCGCAGCUGCUCAUUGUCCUGCUCGGGAUCCUGUCUGUUAUGGCAGGAAUGAUCAUGUCAGCAUUUGCCAAAACCACUUUAAUGAUGUUUUUAGUGAGAGUACCGCUGCUCCUGUCAAUCAUGCCUUUUCCUGUUCUGCGUUCCAUGAUGUCAAAGAUCGUCUCAAGUUCGCAGCAGGGAGCUCUGUUCGCCUGCGUUUCCUUUAUGCAGAGUUUGACUAGCAAUAUCUCCUCUGCAAUCUUCAGCUACGUCUAUGCACACACAGUAGCAUGGUACUCCGGCUUUUCCUUUCUGCUGGGCGCUGGAUUCUGUCUCAUCCCACUGGGUCUCUUGGGGGUUUUGGGUUUCAUAGGUGUGGAUGUUCCCGAGAUGAAGCCAAACCCAGAGGAAGAGAAUCCCCCUGAAGAUGGCAAUGGCGAAGGCGAUGAACGCCGCCCUCUUCUCAGUUGAGCCACUUUCGGUACCAAUGCCUCUCCAGCACUUUAUUCAGUUGCUCAAAGGCAGUGCCUCUCUGGUCAUGACCAAAGUUUUGGGGUCUUUGCAGAAAUGUUUUGAUAAAUGUAGCUUUUUUUUUUUUUUUUACCUGCUAACUGGAACACACAAACAGACUUUUCAUAAAUAGUCCUGUCAAAACCGGGGCCGCUGACUUUCUCUAUUAGCGGAUGAACAAUCCAGCGUUUAGUGAAUUCGGCUUUCCAAUAAUAGGAAGAACCAACAUCAAAAGAUCCAAAAGCAGCGUCGCUAGGAGCAUGAAGGAUACGCUGCUUCUGAAGCACAUCUCACACUGCUUUUGGUUCCGAUUUCAAGUCUUUGAGCCAUGCUAAAUUCACAUUUGGACUUCCAAAUGCGUAUUGCUAUGGUACUUAGAUGUGCUCGGCAGACUGGCAGGGUCUUUUUUUAGUUUUUUUCACAAAGCCCUACUUGCCCCUUGGGUUGUUCUUCUGUUUAACCAGAUUUACCUCAUUGCUUUACGCCUGUGAAAGAUUUAAAAAAAAAAAAAAAAAAAAAACGCACACUGCCAUCUUGGUCCAAAAAUUGGUUUGACAAGGUCAAGAUUAUAGCAUAAACUGCACCUGGUAAGA